AUGCCAGCCCUGCCAGCUUUGGCGUCACAACCCCAACGAGUCGCGGAUCCAGUAUACGGAUGCCGCGUUUCUUCAAGAGAAACCAAAAACACCUGGCACCGUCCGGACCCCUCCUUUACAUAUUUGCUCUCCUUCUUCCUCCUGCUCACUGCGCUCGCAUGGGGCCUGGCUUAUGCGCCGGCCUUUGGCUCGAUCAUCCGCCUGUCGCUGCUCUUUAUCUUUGUCCACUUCAUCGGUUCCUCGCUGGUGGUAUCGACAAUAGCCUACUUUGCGAUCCCACGACUGUUUGGACCUGACGGAGCGGCGGCAUCCCUGUCCGGAUUCAGAGGGUCUCGCGGGCGGAGGCGCGGCGCGGCACAAGGCUUGUUUGUGCAGCCUGGGGAGAAGGAUCAACUGGAGUUUGGAUACUGCUUUGAUGUGUCGAACCGGUCCUUCUUCCCUCUAUAUCUCCACCUCUAUGUCGUCCAAUUCCUUCUUCUGCCCUUACUCACCCGCAGUCCGAGCAACUUCCUCGCUACUUUCCUGGGAAAUACGCUCUAUCUCUCCGCGCUGAUCUACUACACCUACAUUACCUUUCUGGGGUACAAUGCUCUCCCGUUCUUACACAACACCGAGCUCCUCCUCCUCCCGAUCCUGGUCUUGUCCAUCCUGUGGCUCGUAAGUCUUAUUGCUGGCUGGGGGGUCGUCAUGCAUGGUCACAGCGUGGAGUGGUUGUUUUGGGGUGUCUGA